AAAAAGAGGGACAUACAAAUCAGAAGAGACAUGCCGAUCUCACAGAACAAGCUGAUGCCAUACUCGGACAACCCGUCGAUGAUCGAAGAACCCGCGAGGGAGCACAGAAGGAAUCCUGGAACAUCAACACGAAAAAAUCGGCCGUCGUCGCGAUUCAAGCUCGGAAAGUUCUUCCAGAAAUGGAUCAUGUCUUCUCGUCAUCUCAAAAUUCCAGGACAGCAGCAGCACGUUAAUCUACACGACUCUGCACGGUUUCCAAUCAAGAUUAGACCAGCUUUCUGUAUACUCACUUUGAUCAACAUCAUACUAUUGGCGAUCGUUGGAUUCAGCCGGACGAGCCAUUCAAUUAUAGCUAUUCCUAAAAAACUUUUUCACUUUUUUGGAUUCGCGUUGAUUACUGGCCUAUUUUAUUCAAUACCAGACAUAGAGGAUUCAUCAAAAGUGAUUUGGUACUGGAAUUUUUUCAAUGAAAUCCUGACAGGCAUCGUCUGCUUUUUUCUGGGUGGGUUCGGGAGUGAAUUCAUCCAAUUGUUCUUGCCGUGGAAAGUGUUUUCAUGGGGUGAUUUACUGGCCAAUGAAUUGGGUUGUUUAGCUGGAUAUCAACUCUCUCGAUCAUUGCACCGACGUUAUCGGAAUAAACUAGAAUUAUCAAGCCUGUACGAGCCGCUGGGGGCCGGAGGAUCGUCCUCAAGAGAUUUAGACCUAUCUUCCGAGCACGACGAAGAUGAAGAGCACUUGAAUGAUCGGCAACAUGCAUCUUCGAAUACCCUCUUUGGUGCUAAUAAUCCCGAACUUUCUAACGUUUGGUCAGAUAGACUAGAAGAAGGCCACGAAUACUUUAGGUUUGAAGAGGAUGAAGAGUGAGACCAGUUUUCAAUUUUUUUUUGUCAUAUCUAGAUGUCUUGGCUUUCAGUCUCAACAGUCCCACCAAGAAAUUCCUCCCUGCUUAUGUUGUUAUU